CGGCACGGCACGGCACGGCCCUCCUGCUCCCCGGCUGAGGCUGGGGUUGGGGCUGGGCAGCGCCCGGCCAAGCAGCGAGACAUGACCCGUGCGGCCGCCUGGCUGAGACUCCGGCGACAAAACGCAGUAGGUGUAUGAAAUGAACCAAAGGGAAACCCUGGUCAAAGAGCAGACUGAUGAUUAUCAGCUGUCAGUCGACUUUCCAUCUGUCUUUCAGCUCAGCACUGAAAACCAAGAUGUACUGGCAAAUCAUUCUGAGCAUGUCUGUGCUAGUGGACUUUCUUCAAAUGGCAGUUGCCCAUUGUCUGGUACAUCAGAUUCCUCCCAGGAACUUUACAUUACCCUGCAUGCUGCUGAAUGAGACAUUCUUGAGUCCUUUCUCUGCUGGAGUUGUAGAGAGCUGGUCUGGUUUGAGGAGAGAGCAUGGAGCACCUGAAACCAAGCCUCACUUGCCAAUGAAUGAAGAGAGUUUUCUUUGUUGCCUUCGGAACGAUAACAACAUUGAUUGUUCUUUGUACAGAGCAAGCAUGAAAGCUAGGAAGUUUAUUCCUUCAGAAAUAAGUGUCUCUGCUUCUCAGGAAAUAGACUGGAACAUUGAGUGUUGGAUUAAAGGCAAGCUGGACCUGUUAGUUUGCAGCCUGCGGUUGCUGACGUUGUACUUGAGAGCUGACUGGAAGGUUAAUCUUCUCUAUGCUGUAUCAGAGCUGUCCCUGGGAGAUGCAUCUACGAGCUCUCUGCAGGGGCUCGUCACGGUCGCUCAGUGUGACUGCGGUGGGUAUGGCAAGUGCGAGUGCCUUGUGCCUUCCCUGAGGCUCAACCACACCUACAUCAUGUGGCUGAAGGUGGUGCUGGGUGGAACACCUCUCUGGACACCUUUGAUGGCAGUCAAGCCCAUAGACAUAGUAAAGCCUGAACCUCCUUUGAACCUGCAUCUAGAGAUGACAGAGGAAGGUCAAGUGAUGAUCAGCUGGUCUGACCCUGUGCUGUUACCAUACCCCCUUCAGUAUGAAGUGAAGAUCUCAGCAAAUUCAGGCCAAAAUGGUUGGCAGGUGGUUGAAGUUGCUCUAGAAACCUCACUGGCUAUGGACAACGUGCUACUUGAUUCUUCGUCCUGUGUUCAAGUGCGGUGCAGGAACCGUCGUGGCCCGGGGUUCUGGAGUGACUGGAGUACACCAUACAACCUCAGCCUGAGAGCCGACGUCCUGUACUUUCCUCCAAAGAUACUGACGGCUGUCGGUUCUAACGUUUCGUUCCAUUGCAUCUAUAAAAACAAAACCAAGCCUGUAGAGUCCAAGAAGAUAGUUUGGUGGCUGAAUUUAGCAGAAGAAAUCCCAGCAAGUCAGUAUACGCUUGUGAACGAUCGCGUAAGCAAAGUUACUCUUUUCAACUUGAAAGCAACCAAACCUAGAGGAAGUUUCUUCUAUAACGCAUUGUACUGUUGUCAUCAAAAUAGGGAAUGUCAUCAUAGAUACGCUGAAUUAUAUGUAGUAGAUGUCAACAUCGAUAUCACCUGUGAAACGGAUGGAUACUUAACUAAAAUGACUUGCAGAUGGUCUCCAAACCCAAAUACCUUGCUCCUGGGGAGUUCCUUGCAGUUCAGAUACCACAGGAGCAGAAUUUAUUGUUCUGACUUUCCAAGUACUUCUCUGAAAUCAGAGGUGAAGGAAUGCCAUUUGCAGAAGAAUCAUUCUUACGAGUGCACAUUUCAGCCCAUUUUUCUUUUAUCUGGCUAUACCAUGUGGAUAGAGUUGAAGCACCUCCUGGGAACACUCCAAUCCUCACCAACUUGUGUUGUUCCAGCAGAUGUGGUGAAGCCACUUCCUCCCUCCAACAUUGAAGCAGAAAUCACCAGGAACGUUGGGCUGCUGAAUGUGAGCUGGACAAACCCAGCGUUUGCAAACAGUGAGCUGACGUUUCAGAUUCGGUAUGCUGUGAACAGGGAAGGAAUGGCAUGGGAGCUCUAUGAAGUUUCAAAUGCACCAACAAGAUCAGCUGUGCUACAAGUUGAGACCCUUUGUGUUGAGUACGUUGUCCAGGUCCGGUGCAGAGAAGGGGAUGGAGCAGGUUACUGGAGCAACUGGAGCAGAUCAGCCUAUACAUCUGUAAAAGAUAUCAAAGCUCCCUUACAAGGCCCUGAAUUUUGGAGGAUUAUUACUGAGGAUGUGUCGAAGAGGCAGAAGAACGUUACGCUGCUGUGGAAGCCCCUGCCGAGGAGCCGCGCGCUGUGCAGCGUCAGCCGCUACAUCGUACGGCACCAGACCCCGGGCAACACCGUGUGGGAGGAAUACAUUGCCAAUGGCACUACCUGCUCCUUUCCCUGGACUGAGCACACACACACCAUCACCGUUUUAGCCAUGAAUUCAGUUGGAGUCUCUUCAGUUAACUUCAACUUAACUCUGUCUCAGCAACUGAGCACAGUGGCUGUCGUGCAGUCGCUCAGCGCCUACCCAGUGAACAGCACCUGCGUGGUUCUGGUUUGGACGCUCGUGCCUCAGCUGGGUGUGAUAACAUCCUUUAUCAUUGAAUGGAAGAACCUUAACAAAGAAGAGGAGAUGAAAUGGGUGCGGAUUCCUCCAAAUAGCAGCAAAUACUACAUUUAUGAUCACUUUAUUCUGAUUGAGAAGUACCAGUUCAGCCUGUACCCUGUGUUUGCUGGAGGAAUUGGCAAGCCCAGAGCCACGGAUCAGUUUACCAAAGGUGGGUAUGACAGUGGGAAUAACGGCAGCCUCUCUGUGGUUCUGCCAAUAGUUAUUUCAGCCUCAGUUUUGUUGCUUGGAACAUUGCUGGUCUCACACCAAAGAAUGAAGAAACUGUUUUGGGAAGAGGUUCCAAACCCCAAGAACUGCUCCUGGGCACAAGGAGUUAAUUUUCAGAAGCCUGAAACUUUGGAGCAUCUUUUCAUCAAGCACCCCAAAGCAAUGUCAUUUGAGCCUCUUCUUCUGGAGCCAGAGAUAGUGCUGGAAGACAUCAGCGUUACUAAAGUGCUGAAAGAAGAAGACACGCAGGAUCUGUUAGCAAUUGGUUCAAUGCCUACCAAAACUCCAGGCUCUGAACACGACUCUGCUUGUUGCAGCAGCCAUUUCAACAGCAGCAGCCUCUCUGAGCACGGCAGCAGGGAAGCUCCAAGGCAGGCAGACGUUAAAUACGCCGCUGUUGUCAGUGAGUCCCCCUCAGCUGGGCUCCACGGGCAGCACACGAGGCCAGGAGGUGGUUUGGAGAGCUGCUGCUCAGCCCAAGGGGCCUCAGAGGGAUUCUCAGAGCCGUUGGAUGAGGAUGAAGCUUUCCUGGAGGGAGAGGGGCCUGAGCAGAGCCUGUGUUACCUUGGGGUAACCUCCUUGGAAAGAAGAGACAAGGACCUUUUUUUAACAGAAGGUUCUGGGGUGAUGUGUGAGUUCCACACGACUGACUUGCCCACAGAUGGGGGCUUUCCUCAGCGCACAGCCCCUCACUUAAGCACCUUUAUCCACAGCAGCCUCAAGUACGAGGCCAUUGUGCCAUACGUGCCACAGUUCCAGGUGGCUGCUGCCACCAUACAGGAGGCCACAGAGUAAAACUCCUAAGUCACCACACCAGAAUGUGAUGCUCUAGGUUCCAGGUGUUGAUGCAGUCCCCUGUUUUUCCCUCUCCCAACUCCUUGCAGCAGCUCUCCUGUUCUGAAGCUGAGGAGCUGCUUCUGUACUGGAGCGCCAGGAUCUUAGGAGGAAGAAACUCCCUUUCUUUACCAAAUAUUCAAACAUGGGACUUUCUUUUGGAGAUUUGGUUGUGUUCCAAACCUGGCACCAAAUUCUCUGUCAGGGACAUAGAUUGAAGUAGGUCUGGGGAGUGGGGUUUGGGAGGGGAAAGCUUGAGAGUGUCGUUUCCCUGGGAAGGGCUGGGGAACCUGAGCCCACCUGGAUGUGGCACAGCCACUGGGCACUGGAGAAAGCUGCCAGUGGGGUGAAUGGAUGCACUUACACAUACCAAAUAUCUUUGUUAGACUCCUUGUAUUUUUUUUCCUCCAAGAUCCUGGUUGAUUUGUGGCUUGCCUGAUGUCUGUGUUCCAGGGGGCCUGUGAACACACAGGCGAUGCCCAUGGAAAUGUGGUCAGAAUGCUGCAUUGCACUUGUUGAAAGGGAGGCCCUGACCAAGGAUGGCAAACUUGUCAUGGGAUCUCUUUUAAAGUAAACUAAAACUACUCAUCAGUAGCACCAAAGAGCUGUAAAAGACACUGUGGUGUCAGAGACAGGUACCUCAGUGUGUGAAACACUCCCUGAGGAAGCAACAGCUGCAGUGGCUAAGGACUCCCAGUGCUGCAAGAACAAGAGGAGAAUCUAAAUUGGUGUGGGUACAUUACUUGGUGGGGUGUUACUCAGCUGAAAUAAGGUGCUUUAAAGCAAAAUCUCUGCUUUUUUUUUGUUGAGCUUGAGGUUCUGGUACAAAUGGCCCUGCUCUUAGGCUGCCAUCUCUUCCAAAGCCCUUUGUCGAGAGCCAGGCAGCAGUGGGAUCCUGGGGGUUGAGUCUGGCUGCCCCUGGAGAAGGUUGGUUUGCCUUCAGGAGGGCAGGAAAAUUUGUUCUUGCAUCUCUCUCUCUCUCACACACUCACACAGAGGAUCUUAAGGGUGGGAAGAGACCUUGAAAGAUCAUCCAAUCCACUUCCCCUGCCAGAGCAGGACCACCUAGAGUAGGUCACACAGCAACUCGUCCAGGUUUGCUGGGCUGUGCAGGUAGAGGCCCACACUUAUUUGCCAGACAAAUACCUUUUUUUCUACUUCCUAGUUAGUAAAUAUUUUUGUAUAGGUGCCUUUUCAAAGAACUCCUUUGAGGAGCUGAGAAAGAUGAAUAUAUCAUGUGUCCCAAAGCUAAAAUUCUGUAUGACUCCUGUAGGCAAUUAAAAACCAAAGGGCAAAACCCAGCAACAGCAGUCAGUGCUGGGAGAGCAUUUUUAUCACUUGAGCACCUGUGAUAAGAAAGCCUACAGAGCAAAAAGGACCAAAGCACAUCUUUAUCUGCACUUUCACCACAAGCUUUAAAACCCCACUGCUUUCUCUCAAGCUGCUAACCUGGCCCUGGCUGGGGAAAUCUUUGUUUCUGGAUGUUGAAUAUGACAUAAACCUAAUGUUUUGUUUCACAAAUGUUCUGUAGGGCAGGGAGGGGAAUUAAAACAUAUGUUGUGGUAGUAAGCAGGAGACACUGUGGCUUGGUAAUGCGACUGGAGCCUGUGGGGACAAAGUUGAAGGUUCCUAGAGGGCUCCAGGAGUGAAGGUGGGCUUGGCACAUGGGUGGAUGCUAAAGCAAGUUCACCCGAGAAGAGAAACUCCCUCCUGUGGGCACGUUUGUGAAUAAAAUGUUUCUAGUUGUU